CUCUCAUAUAUGGCGCAUCCAACGUGAAAUAAUAACAAGUUCGUUCGAAAGUGUAGUUGAAAGUACAUUUCUUUAGUGAGUGUGUCGCUAUGCCGCCGAAAACGAGAAAAGCGGCUAGUACAGAGCCCGACACCGACGACGAAUCGCAAAAUGGCGGUGAUGACGAAGUCCGCGAAGUGAACGCAGCCGACGCGGUGACUACGGCAUUGGUCAACAUGAAUAUGUUUUCGACUCAAAAUGUGCAAAACAUCAUAGAGACGCUACAGCGAUCGCAGACCGAUGCCCUGAAAGAGUUAUUACAAUCAGUAUCGUCGCGUACUACGUCGUGUACAGCUCAAGGUCAAGGAACGUUGACGGGCUGCAAGACCACGUUCUCCGGCCAGCCGCAGGAGUCAGUGGAAGCAUUUAUUGACGCAGUAGACGCCUACAGUGAAUGCGCACAGGUUUCGGAUACAAAUGUCCUGCGCGGCCUGGCGUACCUUUUAAAAGAAAACGCGGCGACAUGGUGGCAGGGUGUGAAGCAGCAAAUUACUUCAUGGCAGCAGGCUAAAGAGAAUCUUAUAAGUGCCUACGGUGAUCGCCGCCCGCCCCAUCGCAUAUACUUAGAGAUAUUUUCAUCGCCACAGCAAACGGAAAACACCGACGUGUUUGUGGCGCGAAUACGUUCCCUUUUCGCGCGACUUCCCGAGGGAGAUAUUUCCGAAAAGGCGCAACUCGACAUGACGUACGGACUCCUGAACAGCAGGAUAAGGAAGAGGCUACGGAGGGAGGACUUCGCAACCUUUAAAGAAUUACUCCGCCGUGCACGAAGCGUGGAAGAUUCCUUCGACGAAGGGGAGAGGAAACAAACACCGCCGCAGGCUUCAAGCCGCGCGGUGACCUCGAACCAACGCGCGCCUCCCGCUUCGACAACCACGGCGCGUACUACGGGUACAUCGCAUGUCAGCGGCGCCGCGGCCGCGCCGCCGCCGCCGCCCCGGGCGCUGCAAUCGUCCGCGCCCGCGCAACCGCGCGCGCCGCCGACGCCUUCGCAACCGGCUGUCGCGCAAGGCACCGCCGGCACCGGCGCUGCAGUCACCACCGCCGCCGCGGACGCGACCGCGAAGAAGCUGCGACCCGUGUGUGCGUAUUGUCGAAGGUUCGGACACUCCAAAGACCAGUGCCGUAAGCUUAUGAACUCAGGUGAGUCCACGUCUAAGAAUAACUUUGCAAAUAGUGCUAACGUGCCACCCAACAGUGAAACAAGUGAUAUUAGCUUUUAUAGUGUCGAUUUCAACCCGUGCAAUAUCACGUCGAAAAAUAGAUCACAAAAUCCCUAUUUUGCUAUGAGUGACACAUGCAGCAAUUUGAGCCCUAUUUUGUAUAACAAUAAAGUCGAAAGUGGCACUAUUCAUUAUUGUUAUGAAUACGAUGGGCCAAGUAGUAACAAGAUUCCUGCAUGUAACACUACAACUAUAGGCGAGAAAUGUGUGCAUUGUUUGGUACCUAUAGCUUUUAAAAAUAUUACGUGUGCUACUAAUUCUUUGCAAACGACUAACCCUCAUUCAUGUAACGAACAAUUUCGCUGCCGCGGACCGCUUAGUUCUGUUAUAGUUCCGAUGUGUUCUAAUAAUAAUUCAAUAAUUUCAAGUGAAGACGCGCGGAAAAGUUCGAUGACGGAUAGUCGUGAACAAAUCGAGCCUAAUAUAAGAAACUGUCCUAACCCACUUUUGUGCGUAUUUAAUAAUAAUCGUUCCUGUAAUAAUAAUAAUGAAUACUCACCGUUCGCGUCAAAGUGCAUUAACCCUUCAAAUGGCGGGGACGUUACGGAAAUUGAUACCUUUUUUGACGCGGACUGUAGUAAAAUUUCUGACGAUGAGUUGUUAAACCUGUACAUGACUUAUGUUGAUGGGGAUUACGAGACAGUGAGUCGAACGACUAGACCGAUUUUUAAUAUAGAGAUUUUAGGCGCGAAAGGCACUGGUUUGGUGGACACGGGAGCGAAGCGGUGCGUCGCGGGACACACGCUAUAUGCUAUUCUCCUACAUCAGAACCAUCCGCUUCGCACGAUAACGCGCAACAUUAAGCUGGCUGAUGGGGUGUCGCGUACAAUGGAAAUACUAGUUACCGUAUUAGAGGUGCGAUUAGAACAGGAAAUCGUUAAGAUUCCAUUCAUAAUUUUCCCUUACGCGACUAAUAAUGAAACGUUGUUAGGCAUCGAUUUUCUCACUGCUGCUGGGGUAGAUAUUGAUUUCCUCGAGUUAGUAUGGUGUUUUAGCAGGAACCGCACGGUUAAGUAUAAACUGUGUUUCGAGCCUACUUCGCCCAGUGUAACCUGUGCUGCCACAAAUGUCCUCCGGGAUGACGAGGGAAGUCAUCUUACACCAGCUGAGCGUCAGGCGCUUGCUGGCGUCCUUACUAGGCACGCACACGUCUUCACACCAGGGGGAGCUCCGACCCCUUACGCUGAGCAUCGGAUAGAAACAGGUGAGCAUCCUCCUAUAGCAGUACCACCUUAUCGACUCAAUCCAGCCAAGAAGGAGCUGAUGAAGAAGGAGAUUGAUAAGAUGUUAAAAGACGACAUCAUUGAAGAAUGCGAGUCAGCUUGGAGUUCACCAGCUCUGAUGGUGCCGAAGGCGAAUGGUGAGAUCCGUUUCUGCGUGGACUACCGUCGUUUGAAUGCAAUUACCAAAUCCGAUACCUACCCGAUGCCACGCAUCGAUGACUUGUUGCAGAAUACGAAGCGAGAUUGCUACAUGAGCACCCUUGACCUUCGUUCAUCGUACUGGCAGGUAAUGUUAAGGGAGGCGGACAGGGACAAAAGCUCAUUCGUGUGUCCUUUAGGUACCUUCCGCUUUAAGCGUAUGCCAUUUGGCUUGAAAAAUGCCCCGGCGACGUUUCAACGGCUGAUCGACCGCCUACGUUCCUGCUCAGCAUUAAAAGACGUAACUAUCUUAGCAUACUUAGACGACCUCCUAGUGAUCUCAGAAGGUUAUCAACGUCACUUACAAGACCUCGAAGCAGUUUUCAAACGCUUGGCCGAGUUCAACCUCCAUGUCAACAGGGAGAAGUGCGCUUUCGCGCGUGAGAGCGUUAAGUACCUCGGCCACGUUAUAACGCAACAAGGCGUUUCCACCGACCCUGAUAAGGUGAGUGCGGUACUCGAGAUGAAGGAACCAGGUACCUUGAAGCAUCUGCGAACCUUUCUACAAACGUGCUCGUGGUUUAGGAAGUUUAUACCAAACUUCUCUAAGGUUUCCGAACCAUUGACACGCCUAACUAGAAAAAAACAAGUCUGGAUCUGGGGACCAGAGCAGACCCAGGCAUUCCUUGAGCUGAAGCGUCUUCUGACCACAGCUCCAAUUCUGGUUCAAGCCGACUUCAGUCGUCCUUUUAUUCUAAGGACAGAUUCGAGCAAUUACGCCCUUGGAGCGGUCUUAUUACAAGGCGAAGGGAACGAGGAGCGGCCGAUAGAAUACGCCAGCCGACUUCUCAACGCAGCGGAGCGUAACUACUCCACUACGGAAAGGGAAGCUCUCGCUGUGGUAUGGGCGGUAGAGCGUUUCCGAUCCUACCUGGACGGCCAGCCUGUCGUCAUUGGCAGUGACCACCAGCCCCUCCGUUGGCUGCUGUCACUGAAGUCACCAGCAGGCAGGUUAGUACGUUGGGCCCUUAGACUCCAGGCCUUUGAUAUCCGUUUCGAAUACACUCCGGGGAAGGCGAACGUGGUAGCCGACACGCUGAGUAGGCCAGUCUGCUCCGGGGACUCCCGUGAGGUCUGCGGAAUCUGCUCAGUCGUGGUCGACCUACCAACGAAAAACCCAGCAGAGCUGAGGCGCGAACAGCUCGCUGACCCCGAAGUGGAGAAGAUUAUCAAAGAAAUCGAAGGUUCCGACGAGGUGGCAUCUCGACGAUGGACGGAGCGCGGCUACUUAGUCGAACAAGGUGUACUAUACAGGUACAACCCCGAUUCAGAUAGUGAAACCCCACAGCUCGUCAUACCCAGUAGUCUACGAGCCGAGAUUAUGAAGGAAUGUCACGACUCGCCAGUUGCCGGACACCCUGGCGUCGAUCGUACGUAUCAGAAGAUUGCCGAGCUGUACUACUUUACAGGUAUGCGGAGAAUAAUCACUGAUUAUGUCAAAGCCUGCAUACACUGUCAACGCUACAAAGCCACAAAUACCAAGCCUCCAGGCCUUCUGCAAACACCGCUCAUGAACCAGCGCAAUGAAGUGCUUGCCAUGGAUUUAUUCGGUCCAUUACCACCAGGAGACCAGGGGGAGAGGUGGAUUUUCCUCGUUGAGGACACUGCUACCCGGUGGACAGAGCUAUACGCACUCAAGGACGCCACUGCUGAAGCUUGCGCGGUGAUUCUCGUCGAGGAGUACUUUAUGCGUUUUGGUCUACCUCGUAGAGUCAUUUCCGACAAUGGUGUCCAGUUCGUAUCCGCAGUUAUGCGUCAGUGCAUGGCAGCUCUAGGGAUAAAACAGAAUCUCGCCCCGUUAUACCACCCAGAGGCCAACCCUGCGGAACGCAAAAAUCGAGACAUGAAAGCGAUGUUAGCACAACUCGUGGAAGAAGACCACACCUCUUGGCCACGGAAGUUACCGGUGAUUCGGUUCGCCUUGAACAGUGCAAGAUGCCGCACCACAGGUAAAUCACCCGCUUAUUUAACUUUCGGCAGGGAAAUGCGGUCACCCACAGAGGUCAUCCAUGACCUACGUGCCAUCUUGGAUAAAGAUAACUUUGUCCCACAGAUUACUCCGUAUCUCCGAUCAUUUUUAAACUCCUUAUCAGGUAUUCGGGAACGUGUGGAGGUCCAACAGGAUAAAGCAAAGCAGUAUGCCGAUGCGUCGCGCCGACCUUCAGAUGAAUUUGAGGUAGGUGACUUGGUCCUCCUUAAGUCGCACCUGCUGAGUAAUACAUCUAAGGAUGUAACUGCUAAGUUCCUCCCACGUCGCGAUGGACCGUACGUCAUAACAGAGAAGGUUAGCCCUACAACGUACACAAUCGCUAGCACCGACCAACCGGAUAUUUCUCUCGGAAGAUACCACACUCAGGACCUUACCCGUUACCAAGGUAACGAUGGCGAUAUCCCACGACCUGUUGUUCCUAAGAGGAAUCGGGGACGUCCAGCUAAGGCUGAUAGGAAUGAUAGGGUACUAGUCCAGGAGCGGGGGCGUUCUCCAGGACUAGAGGGGGAGCAUAUAGCAAACCGCGUAAACGACACCAACGGUCAGUCGUCAAUUAAAUUACCCGCGCGCGCCUCUCGUGGCCAACUCCCGGCGCGCUAUACGGAGUAGAGCGGA